AUGGCGGCUGCCGGCGGCGGCCCCGUGCGGCUGCGGCUGCAGUUCGACCACCCUCCGCCGGCCAGCCCGGGCUGCGCGCUGUGCUGGCUGCUGCUGGAGCCGGGCCAGGCGCGCCUCGUCACCGACCUGCUCAGCCUCAUCCGGCACCGCUUCGGCUUCAGCCGCCGCGCCCGCCUCAGCCUCUUCCUGCAGGGGGCGCUGCUGCCGCCCGCCGAGAGCGCGCGCCUGGUGCGCGACAACGACUCGCUGCGAGUAAAAUUGGACGACAUAGUUGCAGAUGAUUAUGAAGAGACAGAUGAUGGCUUUACUUACACAACAAAAGAAGACAAAAAAAGGCACAGACACAAGCAGGACGAGGAAGAAUUCUCUAGGAAUGAAGACAGGCAUAAAAGGAAAAAGAAAAAGGACAAGCAUAAUCUUGAGUAUUCCUCUUGUAGGGAAGAGAGCUCUGUAGAUAUUUGUGACUCUCAAAAAAGGUACACGAAAAGAAAAAGGAAGGAAGAAGUUAGUGGAAGAAAUAGACUUGCAGAAGGUAAGGAAGAGAGCUCUACUGGCCAUUCUAAAAAGCUUAAAAAAGCUGAGAGGGAGAAACAGUUGGCAACAAAAAAGAAGGAUGAAAAGCAGACAAAGGCUGCUGCAGCAAAGAUGGCUUUAGAACGGGAAAAUGAGAACUUUUCUGUAAAUUCUGGUAAAAAUAGCACCAAAAAGAUCACAACACAGUCCAGAAAAAAGAGGGUGGAAACUUCAGAUUCCUCCAGCACAUCGUCUGACAGUGACAGCAGUGAAUUAAACAUAAAGCAAAACAAAUCUUCCCAUAAACCCGUAGCGGCGACACUUCCCAAAGACAAAUCCCAAGCUGCUGCAAAUUCUGAUGCAAAAACGAAUAAAGUGACUGUAAAGUCUAACACCGAAAAGACUAAGACUGCAGUUAGUAAAAAUGCCAAAAAACCCCAGUCCUCUAGUUCAGAUUCUGACUCGAGUACCGAGGAUGAGAAGGCGACACCAGCACAAGACAGCACGGCAAAGGAAAAGUCUCUGCCCACCCACACGGUGGCUGUAAAAGCCAGUAGCAAGGCUCCCAAAGCAAAGAGCUCCUCUUCAGGGUCUGACAGUUCAGAUUCAGACACACCUGUUACUAAAAAACCUGCAGCAGAUGCUGGACUGAGUAAUUCCAUAGGAAGAAACUGUAUUAAACCAACCAAUAUUCAGGGACCAUUUGCCAGCCCAGGCCGUGGAAGGGGGCGUGGAUCGGGAGAGGAUUGUUUCUGGAGAGGACCCAGGGGCCGUGGGUUUCGUGGGAUGAUGAGGGGCCAAGGCCAUGGGAGAGGAGCAAACCCUGGCUUCUUCUAUAACUACAGCAGUGAAGGCCAGAAACAGAGGCAGUUAAAUGAAUCUGCGACAAACACUUCUGUUGUUGUCCAGAAUCCCGUGGAAGUUCCCAAGAGAGACUAUAGUGUGUUACCUCUUCUAGCUGCUCCACCCCAAGUGGGAGAAAAGAUUGCCUUUAAGCGCUUGGAACUAACUGAAAAUUACAGUCCUGAAGUUUCAGACUAUAAGGAGGCAAAAAUAAUCAGUUGGAAUGCUGAUAAAAAACAGAUCGAGCUCGAGAUCCUUUCAGCACCAGCAGGACAAAUUGCUAAGGAGCCCGGGAAAUUCGAUCUGGUUUACCAGUCUGCAGAUGGAGCAGAGCUGAUCGAGUACGCUGUCCCUCAGGACACCAAGAUAACUGAAAGCUGGGAUGCCCUGAUAGAGCCAAGACUGAUUGUUGAGCCUCCAGUCAAUGGAUCCAGCAUUGAAAAUGGAACCAUCUAAAGUGUGAAAAAAUGUACAUAACUGUACAGACUUGUUUUGUGAAAUGCUGUCUUCUGGUUCUGAGGGUGGCAGGUGCACUGGUGGAUAUUGUUAAUAAAUUGUUUUAAAAAGAA